AUGGACUUUAUUACUUCUAUUGUCUCUGGAGUUGUCGUAAAGAUUGCUGAGACUACAGUCGUACCACUUUAUCGCCAAGUGGGUUAUGUUAUUCACUACAAAAGCAACCUUCAAAAUCUGAGGGAUCAAGUGGAGAACCUAGGUUGUGCUAAAGACAGGAUGCAACACACUCUUGAUGAUGAGGUCAAAAGAAAAGGUAAAAGAGUUGAACAUGAUGUUGAGAACUGGCUCACAAAAGUGGAUGAGAUCACUCAGGAGGUUGACGUUUUCUUGCAAGAUGAAUGCCAUGCGAAGACCAAGUGUUUCCAUGGAUUUUGUCCUAAUCCAAUUCUUCGAUACCAGUUCAGUAGAAAAUCAACAAAAUUGGUGCAGAAGGUUGAAUUCCAUGAAAAGAGAGAAUUUACCACUCUUUCAUACAAUAUCCCCCCACAAGAUGUAUGCAGUAUUCAAUCCCGAGAUUACCUAGCCUUUGAAUCAAGGCUUUCGAUUGUGAAAGAUAUCAUGGAGAAACUGAGAAAUCCAGAUACCAACAUGAUUGACUUGGAAGGCAUUCAGAAGCAAAUUCUUGAAAAAUUAGAUAUGGAGGUUGUUGAUGGUCAAACUAUAGCUAAAAGAGCAUCUCUACUAUGGGAUAGGAUAAAACACAAGAGGGUUCUUAUCAUUUUAGACGACAUUCCAGAAAGAAUUGAUUUGGAGACUAUGGGAGUUUGGAGUGUGCCAACUUGUAAUAUAAUGGUCACAGCAAGAAAUCGAAGAGUUUUAUACUCCGAGAUGCGUACACAAGAGGAUUUUCUGCUUGACGUUUUGGGAGAAAUAGAAACCUGGAGUUUGUUUGAGAAGGUGGCCGGUGAUAUUGUUAAAGAAAACCCUAUAAGAACAAUAGCCAUAGAAGUUGCCAAGAAGUGUGGAGGUCUGCCAAUUUUAGUGGUCGCUGUUGCAAGUGCCUUGAGAAUUAGUACUUUACAUGAGUGGAAGGAUGCCUUGAGACGGUUAAAAAAGUUUGACAUGAAAGAAUUGGCAGAAAAAGCAAUGUUAACUCUAGAGUGGAGUUACAAUCAAUUAGAUGCUGAAGAGCUUAAGCCACUAUUCCUCCUUUGUGGAAUUAUUGCUUGGCGUAGUAAUAAGAUAAAUCUCAAUGACUGCUUCAAAUAUAGUAUGGGAUUGGGUUUGUUGAAACAAGUGGAUACAAUGGAAGAAGCACAAGCUGCAUUUCAUUCAUUGAUUAAAAGGCUUCAAAACUAUUGUUUGUUGCUAGAGCAGCAAGACGGUAUUUACAGUACAGUUGUCAGAAUGCAUGAGCUUGUCCGUAAUGUUGCCAUCAUGAUUGCACGCAGAGAUCAACAUGUCCUCAUAAGAGAAUCUGAAGAGCUGUUUGAAGAAUGGCCAAAUAAGGCUUUCUUUAAAAAGUGCACUAUGAUUUGGGGAUCAGUCGCUACAAAUAGGUUCCAACUUUUUUGA